CAUCGGACUCUGUUACGGAAUCCUGCAUCGCAAUAACGCACGGCGGAGAGGGAGGACUAUUUCCACCGCAUUUCUUUUGACACUUUCCGCCCACGGCAGGACUGCAGGAGAAGGAGGGGUCGUGAUGGAGGGGUUCGCGCCUGGCUCUUGGGAGAUGGAAGAUGGAGGAUAUGGGAAGUGCGAUUGUCCCUGUACUCUCCAGAUGUUAUUUAGAGGAAGAAGAACCGUCGCAAUGCUCUCGUCAUGGGAAAUUAGCCAGCAAGUCACUCGCCUUCCUAGUUUCCUAGACCUGGGUGCCGACGUCAUCGUUACUGGAGUUCUCGUUGCGUCCGACAUCACGACGACCCUCGCCUCUAAGCCAACACCGCAGCCAACGCCAGCUGUUAGAAAGGUGUCGACUUCCUCUGUCUCUUUGUAUCCCCCUUGUCUGUCUUUGAUACCCCCAUACACUACUUCGCUGCGAUGGCGUUGUUCAAUCUGCUCGUCUUGCUGAGCGUGGCAGUCUCAUGGUGUUCUGCAGCUUUCGAUCCAACUUCGAAGAACAAUGUUGUCGUCUACUACGGACAAGGCCCGAACCAGGGCGACCUGAUCAACCAAUGCCAGCAGCCCGAGAUCGAUGUAAUUAUCCUCUCGUUCGUGCAUUUGUUCCCAGCUCAAGCAAAUGGCUACCCUGGCACGAACUUUGGUAAUCGAUGUGGUGGCCAAGUGUACCCUGGUCCCGGUUUCAACGGUGUUCUCGACCCUUCGAAGGAUCAGUUGCAGUCCAACUGCCCGAGUCUCAACGCCCAGAUCCCAGUAUGCCAACAGCAGUACGGCAAGAAGAUCUUGCUCUCUCUCGGGGGUGGCGUAGUAUCGUAUCAGCUCACAGGCAGAAACGAGGGUGAACUUCUGGCAACUUACCUGUGGCACAUGUUCGGACCAAAAGAUCCCAACUGGACAGGACCUCGCCCGUUCGACUACGAUGGACAAGCCGUUGAGGUUGACGGCUUUGACAUGGAUAUAGAGCAUCCAUCCACAGAUAACUCGGAAGGCUACAUUGCCCUGGUUACGCUUCUGCGUACAUUCUACUCAACAGCCACGAAGCAAUACUACCUGACUGGCGCUCCUCAAUGCGUCGUUCCGGAUGCUAAUAUGGCUGCCAUGAUCUCUGCCGCGAAGUUCGACAUGAUCUUUGUGCAGUUCUACAACACUCCGAGUUGCUCAGCUGCGACAUGGGUGGCUAGCAAUCCGUCUUAUACCCCUGGUGCAACAUAUCAGGAAGCGGGAUUCACCUUUGAUGCUUGGGUUCAAUGGCUAUCAAACACCCCCAGCAGAGACGCAAAGGUGUUCAUCACACUGCCUGGUUCCUCAGAUGCCGCCAAUGCUGGGAACUACAUUACCCACCAGCAGGCAGAUAAUCUCAUCAGCGCGUACUACUGCAGGCCAUCGUUCGGAGGCGUAGCUGUUUGGGAGGCAACACGCGGUGACAGCAACCCUUAUAACGGCAAAUCCUUCCAGGCCACCAUGAAGAUUUGGCUGCAGGGAGCUGCAGCAGACACGCGACUCGCGAGCUGCCUAGCACCAACAACAACAACAUCAUCGUCCACCCAACCGACAACACCGACACAGCCCAAUCCCGGCGCGCCUGGUUCUUGCGGUUCCGGUAUUGGACCUUGCGGCAGCGGAUACUGCUGCAGUGCGUAUGGAUACUGCGGAACGACGAGUGCUUACUGUGGAACCGGUUGUCAGCCGGGCUUCGGUACAUGCAGCGCGGGAGGUAGUUCAGGAGGCAGCUCAGGAGGCAGCUCCGGUGGCAGCUCCGGUGGUAGCUCCGGUGGUAGCUCAGGUAGCGGCGGGAGCUCAGGGCUGCCUAUCGCAAGAGAUGGAGCGUGCGGUGCAGGAGUAGCUACGUGCCGAGGCAACGGUGACUACCAAUGCUGCAGCUCGAAUGGAUGGUGUGGUAAUUCCGAUCUUUAUUGUGGUGCUGGUUGCCAACCCGGAUAUGGCAUUUGCAGUUGAUUUUCGAGAACGGAUCGUGGAGUCAGGUACAUCAAGUAGAUAUCCUUGGCGCGUUUGUACAUGAGAAGUAAUGUCACCAUAGUAAUACAGCAGAUUAAUUUCAUUCGCGGGUGCUGGCGAAGAACCUCGCAACUAAGGG